GGUUGAUGUCUCUUCUAGAACAUACUCCUCUGGAUAGGUUGAUGUCUCUUCUAGGACAUACUCCUCUGGAUAGGUUGAUGUCUCUUCUAGGACAUACUCCUCUGGAUAGGUUGAUGUCUCUUCUAGGACAUACUCCUCUGGAUAGGUUGAUGUCUCUUCUAGGACAUACUCCUCUGGAUAGGUUGAUGUCUCUUCUAGGACAUACUCCUCUGGAUAGGUUGAUGUCUCUUCUAGGACAUACUCCUCUGGAUAGGUUGAUGUCUCUUCUAGGACAUACUCCUCUGGAUAGGUUGAUGUCUCUUCUAGGACAUACUCCUCUGGGUGUUUGUGCUGCUGUUCAUCUUUGUGAAGAGGCAGAUAAUGCGCUUCGCCAUGAAGUCUCGUAGAGGACCACAUGUACCCUUGGGCCACAACGCUCCAAAGGAGCUGAGACAGGAGAUAGACUCUGGUCUGUCCAAGGUUCAGGAGAUCCGCUUUGAGCCACGCCUGCUGUCUGAACAGGACGACAGACUACAGAGUGGCGGUUGCUAUGACUACCUAUACAGAAUGAGGGCACUAGAUGCCAUAAGAGACUCUGAUAUUCCGUUCAGUGAGUUGGGAGGGACUCCCACAGCUGUGACAGGGAGGAGAUUCCGCGCCUGGCUUCUAGAUCUGAGGAGUUCCCAUUCCCUGUUCUGCAGCAGCCGUAGUUCCCUCAUAGACACACUGCUGGAGGGCUACCACAACGCUCGCCACGGCACCGGGGUGUUUGGAGAAGCAGAGUUUGUCAAAUACAAGGAAGCCCUGAACGAACUGGCCUCUGUUUAUUCUUCUCUCCCCAGUGUGAAGAGCCACUCCAGUUCCACCAGUCUGGACCAGCAUCACCAGUUAGCAGCUAAAGACUUGACCAGUACCCCAGAGCCCACCCCCCCCUCUCCCCCCUCCCAGGUCACAUACCUGCCGUCAGCUGGGCAACGCACCAAACGACCAAAACACUUCCUGGAACUCAAAAACUUUAAAGACAAGUACAACACAUUGGAAAGCACAUUCUGAGAACUACAAUCUCCUAUGGCAUAACAUGAGAAACUACAAUUCCCUACAACUUGCUGCCUCUGACAUCUGCAACUCUCUACAACCCUGAGAACUUACAACUCCCUAGAAAACAACCUGAAAACUACAACAACUUCUCUGCUACUACUUUAAAUCUGUUUUGUUGCGACUACUGGACUCACUUUUCCUUCUCUAUUUCCAAAGUAGAUAGCCUAGUGAAAAGAAAAAAUCUGUCGUUCUGCCCCUGAACAAGGCAGUUAACCCACUGUUCCUAGGCCGUCAUUGUAAAUAAGAAUGUGUUCUUAACUGACUUGCCUAGUUCAAUAAAACGGAAAUGAAGGUAGUGAUAAGUAGAGCUCCUGGAGGUGACAGAUACUGGGGUUUGUGGUAAAAGAAGAGGUUGGUGAGUUAGUUUAGUGAGAGACUUGUUAGUGCCAGCAGAGAGAGAAGAGACUUGGUAGGGUUGGUACUUGGUACAGUUGGGAAGACUGGAGCACAGCAGGAUUAACAGUAGCAUAGCACAGCAGUAUAGGAAUGACAGUAACAUUACGCUGCCUUACUAGUCCUGAGGAAAAACACUGCCUACUAUGUAUCAUGCAUCUCACAUAAUAAAUAGUGCACUAGAUUUAAGCUUAUUUGACGUUAAACAUCGUUGUGAAGUUUUGCACAGACUUUGCAGGUAGAUCAUCAUGUAGGGCUAUGCAAAAGAGACCACAUGAGACUACAUGCAGUUUCUAUGCAGAAUGCAUUAAUGCAGUGUUUUGGGUUUUGCCCUAGCACUACACAACUGACUCAAAUAAUCAACUAAUCAUCAAGCUUUGAUUAUUUGAAUGAGCUGUGUCAUCCUAGAGCAGAACCUGAAAUGUACAUCUCUUGGGGUCCCCAGGACUGAGUUUGGGAAACGCUGCAUUAAUGCAGUGUUAGAGUAAGACUUGUUUAUAAUGUGUUCAGUGCUAACUAAGCUAUUGAUGGACUAACGUUAUAGCAGACCAGCGUUCCUCACAAUGGCCCUGGAGAGCUACAGUACAGGCUGUGCAGGCUUUUGUUCCCGCCUAGCACUAACACACCUCCAAUCAAGCUGAUUAGUAGAAUCCGGUUAGUCACUGUUGAGCUGGAACAGUACACUGUAACUCUGCAGGACCAGGACAGAAGAACUAUGGAUUAUUCCAGUAUUACUGCUAGGCAUUUCCAGUGUUAUUGUUCUGUUGCCAGCACUUGUUUUGGGCAGAGCCAUGUAUUUACAUAUAUAUUGCUCUGGUUUAGGGCUAGUGUUACAAGGAAAUUAACAUGUUACCACGUCUGACGGUUGUCUAUUUGCUGCAUAAAAAUGAUUAUACUUUUUAGAGUCUACAAUGUUUUCUUGUUGUUGCUGAAAUAUUUUUUUGUAUUCCAUUUUUAAAGAUAAUUAUUUAGAAUAAAGCAUUCAUGUUAAGUGCC